AGGCAACCUCUGAUGUAGGAGCUCAGCCCAUUCAAUCCUGGCUGAAAUAACUGUUAUGGAAUUUUUACAGCCUUAAGUUCCUGCAAAUGCCCACAUUCAUAUCCGCACUCACACACAACGCUCUCUUGGUUCUGCUCUUUCGGCUCUUUCGGUCAGCAUGAGCUUUCCACUGGUGAUUCUGCUCUGUGUGGGACUUCUGCACCAGACUGCGAGGGCCGUCCUUAUGGAUAAACUAGCAGACAACAAGAUUUGUGGAGAUGCAGAAUGCUCAUAUGUUCUCUCCAUGGCCACAGCCUUGGACGACUUCACAGCUCCUGACUGCAGAUUCAUCAACAUCAAGAAGGGUCAGAUGGUCUAUGUGUAUUCUAAACUCGUACCAGAGGAGGGCGCUGGAGUAUUCUGGUCUGGAAGUGUUUACAGUGAGCGGUAUGUGGACCAGAUGGGCAUCAUUGGAUACUUCCCUGCAACUAUGGUGAACGAGACACAGAAGUUUACAGAAGACACAAUUAGGAUUCCCACAGCUAACAUGGACUUCUACUGUGAUUAAGACAUGACAGACUGAAACUUCUUUCAUCUCAAGCUUUGCUUUUUAGUAACUCAUGCUCUUAUAAAGGAGAGUAGUUCAUCUCUUGGGCCAGUGUGUCAGACCAUGUCCUAUUACAUCUUGUGGUGUUAAAUCCAACUGCAACACAAACCUGGACACUCUCAGUCCUCCAUAAGCCCAGAGUCUGACACCUAUCUGUCUUGCUUUGUCUCAACUAGACACUUUUCUCAAUAAACCCUUUUUCAU